AUUUGAAUGAAGUUAGUGUUAGUGUUUCUGUGUAAAUGGUAAGGUAAUUGUAAUAUCAGACACGUUGUACGCAUGUGCGACGUGUUGUUACAUCCUCGCGUCUAACGUUGCCGUGGAGUGAAGCUCCUCCGGUCCUCCUCCAGCUAUCUUUGGUGCAGCAGCCGCACGAUAGCGACUCGCAAGUGUAGUCAGUCAAAGAGACCCAGCAGACAUGUCGGAAAGUGGGAGCCAGGAACCCUCCGGGGCCGCGAACGGCAGCCCGACGAAACGUGGGCACAGACCGCCCGUCGGCAACAAAGUGACCGUGGUGCUCGGGGCUCAGUGGGGCGACGAGGGGAAAGGAAAAGUUGUGGACCUUCUUUCACAAGACGCGGACAUGGUGUGCAGAUGUCAGGGCGGCAACAACGCAGGACACACGGUGGUGGUGGACUCGGUGGAGUACGACUUCCACCUCCUCCCCAGCGGCAUCAUCAACCCCAAGGUCACCGCCUUCAUUGGCAACGGUGUCGUGAUCCACCUGCCAGGCCUGUUUGAAGAGGCAGAGAAGAACAAACGCAAAGGAAAAGGUCUUAAUGACUGGGACAAAAGGCUGGUCAUCUCAGACAGAGCACAUAUUGUGUUUGACUUCCACCAAGCGGUUGAUGGUGUUCAGGAACAGCAGAGAACAGAGCAAGUAGGCAAGAACCUCGGGACAACAAAGAAGGGGAUUGGUCCCGUGUACUCAGCCAAGGCAGCACGUAACGGUCUCAGGAUAUGUGACCUGUUGGCUGACUUCACUCAGUUCUCUGAAAGGUAUAAAGCUUUGGCCCAGCAGUACAAGGACAUGUACCCCACCCUGGUGAUUGACAUAGAGGGAGAGCUUGUCAGAUUAAAGGACUAUGUGGAGCGGAUCAAGCCCAUGGUGAGAGACGGAGUGCACUUCAUGUACGAGGCUCUUCACGGUCCUCCUAAGAACAUCCUGGUGGAAGGAGCCAACGCAGCUCUGCUGGACAUCGACUUCGGGACGUACCCCUUUGUGACAUCGUCCAACUGCACGGUGGGCGGGGUGUGUACGGGUCUUGGCAUGCCGCCUCAAAACGUCGGGAACGUUUACGGGGUCGUCAAGGCGUACACCACCAGAGUGGGCAUCGGGGCCUUCCCCUCAGAGCAGAGCAACGAGAUCGGAGAGCUUCUUCAGACUCGAGGGAAGGAGGUGGGCGUGACCACAGGCAGGAAGAGACGAUGUGGUUGGCUGGAUCUGGUGCUCAUCAAAUAUGCACACAUGAUUAAUGGCUUCACUGCCUUAGCGCUCACCAAACUGGACAUACUCGACGUGUUCGCAGAGAUCAAAGUGGGCGUCUCGUACAAAGUCGACAACCAAACUAUACCUCACUUUCCAGCCAAUCAGGAGGUGUUGCAGCAUGUGGAGGUCCAGUAUGAGACGCUGCCGGGCUGGAACAGCGACACCUCGGCUCUGAGAAGCUUUGAGGAGCUGCCCGAGAACGCCCAGAAAUAUGUCUGCUACAUUGAGCAGCAUGUGGGAGUGCCUGUCAAGUGGAUCGGAGUGGGCAAGUCUCGGGAGUCCAUGAUCCAGCUGUUCUAGACGAAGGGAGGAGAGCAACCCAAGCAAAGAGGAAGCACAUCAGCGAAUCAACUGUACCCUUCUUCUUCACCUCCCCACCUCCCACACACACACACACACACACACACACAGCCUACCUACCUGUCUCAACUCUCCGACAGAGACAUGACCGCCAUGUCUGCUCUUAAUGCUUUAACACUGUAUCUUCAGACUGACCCAUAUUACAGACCGCACCCCUCACAGACUGACCUCCCAGCAUCUCCAUCUGGAUUUUUAACAGUUUUAAACUUUUAGAAUAACAGUUCCCUCUUUUUAAUUUGUAUAUCGUAGCGGCUUAUUUCAGACGUGCGAAUCACUCGGCGACACCGGCUGCCAUCAGGUCUGAAAGCGGACGCGAGGGAACCGACUCGACAUGCGCACACACACACACACACACACACACACACAGACACACACACACACACACACACACACACACGGGAUCACUUCCUGGAGGAACUGUCCACAGAUGUUUGGUUGGUCAAACUGUUCAAGUGUGUUAUUGUUAAUCUAUGCGCCGUGACAGUCUGGUGUAAAUCAGUUUUUAACUUUUGCACUUUCGAUGCUUUGGACAACACCUGCUUUAUGUUUAAUUCUGCCAGGUGUACAAAACAUCCUGACACCAUAAAGGGAUCCUUUAAUAUUGUUAAUGUGUCUUUUUGUGUGUGUGUUUUUUUUUUUUUUUUUUUUGUUUUUGUACGUCAUCGGACAAAGACUCCUCCUUGUCAUUCAACCAAAAGAUUUGCUUUCUUGUAGCUCGCGGCUGCUUUUCUACUGAGCGCUGUUGAUGAACUGUUGACGCACAUCGUCCUGUGAGACAGCUGGUGUUUUUUUCGGUUUAAUUUUAGAAGGUGAAUGAACGAGUACAGAGAUAAAACUGGUAUACCUAAUCAGUUCAGUUAGCCGACACACUUUACACUCACGUUCUUGUGAUUGUUUAUCUUAUCGAUUUAUUUGCACUUUCAAUACAAUGUUGUGUUAAAGUCAGAAUCAGAAACCGUUUAUUGCCAAUGUAUGUUGCUCAUACAAGGAAUCUGUCAUGGCGGGUGGUGCAUAACAUUAAACAAUCA